AUGAAAACCAUCAGUUGGAACUGCAGAGGGUUGGGGAGCCCUCGUGCAGUUCGAAGCCUUGCGAGGCUUCUCAAGGUAGAAAAUCCCCAUCUUGUUUUUCUUAUGGAAACAAGAUUAAAGAAGGAAGAGAUGUUAAAACUGAAAAGAAAAUUUAAGUUCAAUUCUGAUGUUUCUGUUGACUGUAGUGGUGCUGGGAGGGAUAGAGCCGGUGGCUUAUGCUUGUGGUGGAAUGACGACUUGGACAUCAACAUCACUUCUUAUUCCCAAAAUCAUAUAGCAGGUAAGUGCCUUAAUGAGGAUGAAGACGAUGCCUGGUUCUUUGCAGGGAUUUAUGGUUAUCCUGAUGAAGCUAGGAAAAUGGAAACUUGGAACCUGAUUCAUGCCCUAAAAGAAGAAGGGGGUUCAAAAACUAUUUUCUUUGGUGAUCUAAAUGAUACUAUUUCUGAAGCCGAUAAGGUGGGGGGAAUCAACAGAACUGUGUCACAGCUUCAGAGGGGCAGAAAUACUAUGGCUACAUGUGGAUUGCAGGAAGUGUCUUUCGAAGGAUAUCCUUUCACGUGGACGAACGGGAGAGUUGGGAGUGAAAAUAUCCAAUGCAGACUUGAUAAAAGCUUGACCUCGUUUGAGUUUAUGCAGAGUUUCCCUCUCACAAGAGUUUUCCAUCUCGAACGUUAUGGCUCCGACCAUGCUGCACUGCGAAUUGUCAUACAACGAGAAGAAGAGACCGGCAAACAGAGACACUUGUUCCGGUUCGAGGAAGCCUGGACCAAGGAGGGGCGAUGUGGGGAUUUAAUAAAGCUUUUAUGUAGAAGAAACUCAGGACCUCUUCCUAAACGGCUCAGAUCUAUGCAGGAGCUUAAUUAUGAAUUCAAGGACCUGCGGACUAAUAAUAUAAGAAAAGAGAUUCUUCGGCUCGAGGAACUCAUCAAAGCGGAUAAACGAUGGUCAGGGGAUCCUGUGGAAAUUCAGGAGUAUAAAGCAAUUGAAAUUCAAAGAGAUAGGCUGCUGAAAGUUGAGGAGACCCUAUGGAGAUAG